CGCCACGUCGGCCGCCGUAGUGGUGAAAGACUACACAUCCCAUCUCAAACAGAGGGAGUGUAGGGUUGUAAUAUUAACAUUUUUAUGCAGAAGAUAAGCAGAACUGGAGAUACAGAGUACGCCGAAUACAACGCUCACGGCUGCGUUUUCAGCACAUCCACAAUGAAGCUAAAAGAAAUUCAGAGAACAGCCAAUCAGGCAUGGAGCCCUGCAUCCCGACAUCCUACCUACUUAGCAACAGGUACAUCUGCCCAACAGCUAGAUGCAUCUUUUAGUACAAGUUCAGCCCUGGAGAUUUUUGAACUGGAUUUCUCAGAUCCUUCACUAGACAUGAAGUUAAGAGGUUCCCUUUCAACCACAAACAGGUUUCACAGCCUGAUCUGGGUGGAUUUCGGAACAGCCACAGCAGGAUCCUCAGGGAUGCUUGUGGGUGGGGGUGACAAUGGAGCUGUCUCUCUCUACAACCCAACACAGAUACUGGUUUCGGAAAAAGAGGCCAUCGUUGGACAAUGUGAGAAACAUACAGGCCCUGUCCGGACCCUUGACUUCAACCCCUUUAAGAGUAACCUUUUGGCCUCUGGAGCCAAUGAUUCAGAGAUAUAUAUCUGGGACUUAAAUAACUUUAGUAAUCCAAUGACACCAGGGACAAAGUCACAACCUCUUGAAGACGUCAGUGUUGUUGCCUGGAAUAGGCAGGUGCAGCACAUCCUUGCUUCGGCUCACCCCAGUGGUAAGGCAGUUGUGUGGGACCUGAGAAAAAAUGAACCCAUCAUUAAAAUCAGUGAUCACAGUAACAGAAUGCAUUGCUCUGGGAUGUUGUGGCACCCUGAAGUGGCCACUCAGCUGGUGCUGGCAUCAGAAGAUGAUCGUCUGCCAGUAAUCCAGAUGUGGGACCUGCGGUUUGCAUCUUCCCCUCUAAAAAUUCUGGAGAACCACACAAGAGGGAUUCUGUCUAUUUCCUGGAGCCAGGCUGACCCAGAACUGCUGCUCAGUAGUGCUAAAGACAACAGGAUUUUGUGCUGGAACCCAGGAACAGGAGAGGUGAUUUAUGAGUUGCCAACAAGCAGCCAGUGGUGUUUCGAUGUGCAGUGGUGUCCCAGGAAUCCCGCCAUUCUCUCUGCUGCUUCAUUUGACGGUUGGAUAAGCAUUUACUCAGUAAUGGGAGGAAGCCUAGAUGCUCAAGGACAAGGCCAUGUUGAUAAAGUCUCUUCCUCGUUUGAUGCCAUGGACCCUUUUGGAACUGGGCAGUCCCUCCCUCCUCUGCAGGUUCCUCAGAAAGUGGCCCAGACGAAAGUCAUUCUUCCACUUAAAAAGCCUCCUAAAUGGAUCAGGAGACCUGUGGGGGCAUCAUUUGCAUUCGGAGGGAAGCUGAUAACCUUUGAAAAUCCCAAACCAACACAACAGCAAGUGCCGCAGCCCAUUCCACGUCAUGUGUUCAUCAGCCAGGUUAUCACAGAAACAGAGUUCCUCCAGCGCUCCAGCGAGCUCCAGUCAGCACUGAACUCUGGAAGUUUCUCCAGCUACUGCCAAGCCAAGAUUCAGAAGGCAGCAACAGAUUCGGAAGAGAACAUCUGGAGCUUCUUAAAGGUUAACUUUGAAGAUGAUGCUCGCAGCAAAUUCUUAAGACUUCUGGGAUACAAUAAAGAAGAACUGGAGAAAAAGAUUGCCUCUUGCUUAGGAAAGUGUCUACAGCCUAAUGGUUAUGGGGUUGAUGCUAAUGAUCUUGCAGAAAAAAUGCAAAUUUUAUCUGCUCAGAGAUCGGACGAAUCCAGUGCCGCAGGAGAUACUUCAUCGUCCCCCACAUCCUCAACAGUGUCCGACUUUUUCAGCAGUCUUCCCAAUGACAAGCCCAAAUUUCAGAUUUCUACGACCACAAAUACCGAUGGUCUAAUCAGCCAAGCACUCCUAGUAGGUAACUUUGAAGGGGCUGUCGAUCUCUGUCUUAAUGAUGCCCGCUUUGCUGAUGCUAUCAUCCUGGCUAUUAGUGGUGGAGAGGAGCUGUUGAAGAAAACCCAGCUGAGAUAUCUAGCAACGCAGAAAACUGGCAUUUCGAUGCUUGUGUCCUCCAUAGUUAACCGGAACUGGACAGAUAUUGUACAGUCAUGUGAAUUAAAAAACUGGAAGGAAGCCUUAGCUGCCCUCCUGACUUAUGCACGUCCUGAGGAAUUCUUGGAGCUGUGUGAUAUUCUGGGGACUCGUCUGGAGCAUGAAGGAGAAGAGAGGAUGUGUCUUCGGGCCUGUCUGUGUUACAUCUGUUCCGGGAACGUUGAGAAACUGGUUGAAUGUUGGGUACUGAAAAAUGAAACCUCAUCACCUUUGGCUUUAGAAGAUCUGGUAGAGAAGGUGAUGAUUUUACGCAAAUCGAUUGAACAGCUUCGUGGUGGCGAUGUGGUAACUCGGAGCACUGUCCUGGAAGAGAAACUGACUCAGUAUGCCAGCCUGUUGGCAGCUCAGGGGAGUCUUGCUGCAGCCAUGAGCUAUGUGCCUGCAAGCAGCAGUCAGUUGCGGGACAGGCUGUUUCAUGCUCAGGGAGAGGCUGUUGCAGGUCAGCAACCUCCUCCCUUCCCUUACAACAGAGUCCAGGUGAUGGGAGGUGCCCAUCCUGCUUCUACUGCAGUUCCAGCCCACCAACUGGGCCACAGAACCCAGCAGCAGGGCCCAUACCAGCCUGCAUUUCAUCCUCAGGUGCAACCUUCAGGGCAGCAUUCAGUUUUCACUCCACAGCCAAAAUCGACAGACUCAGUGCCACACUCAGGUAUGCCAGCCAUUUCCCAUGGACCUCCAGCUGGCAUAUUCUCCAGACCACCGUACAUUCAACACCCAACCACUGCUUCAGCAUUCUCUCAACCUUUCAGCCAGCCAGGAGGGCCUCCAAGUGGACAAGCAGCUUUUCCUGCCCAUCCUCCCUUCCUAGCUUCCAGUCUUUCGGGACCUGAGCCGCUUGCAGCACAGCCCAGUGGCCUACCGUCGAUGCCUGGUCCCACUAUGUCGGGGCCUACCUUUAGGCCUGCCUCUGUUCCCUCUUACCAGCCCUCUGGUCCUCUCCCGCCAUCCUCCCAGGCUGCUGGUCUUCAACCAAUGUUCCUAGGUGGUGCUCGCAUUCCGACCUCCAUGCCAGCCUCACAGCCUCCCACUACCUACCAACUGGGAGCAGGGUACCCACCGGGUGGCCCAGGAGCUCCUGCCGCCAAGACCUUCGCUGCUGCUUCUCUUCCUCCCCCUCCAACAGGAUACUUUCCCUGGCUGGAAAAUCGUUGUGAUGAUGAAGGCUCUCAAGAAGGAUGGAAUGAUCCUCCCAACGUGCGAGGGGGGCCAAGGAAGAAAAAGUUUCAUGAGACCUACACCCCACCAGCCCCCAUCACAGCGCCUGUCAUGAACUUCUCUAUGGAACACAAUGUACUCCAACCUCAGUCCUCUCUAACUCAGGAAACUAUUCAGGUACCACCAGGGGCACCUAUAGAAGCCAGUAUCCAGACCCUUCAUCAACUACCAGCAGAGAAGAUUGAAAAGAAGGAGAUUCCACAUGAGCAUCUGGUGUUGAAGACAGCCUUUGAUGGACUGGUGCAGCGCUGCCUCCUAGCUGCUGGUGACCCGCAAACGAAGAGAAAACUUGAUGAUGCUUCCAAGCGGCUGGAAUACCUCUACGACAAGCUGAGAGAGCAAGCGCUUACUCCUAACAUCCUCGGGGGACUGCACGAGAUUGGACGCUGCAUUGAGGGUCGAAACUACCAACAAGCACUUGCAGUCCACACUCAAAUUGUUAGCAGCAGCAAUUUCAGUGACAUAUCUGCGUUCAUGCCCAUCCUUAAAGUGGUAAUGACAAUUGCUAAUAAGCUCAGUAUAUGAGAAUAAGGAAGCAAAAUAAAACAGUGCAAACAUCUGUAACGUCCUUGCAGUAUUUCAGCGUUACAAAGCUUUACAUAUUUGAUGGUUGUAUAUGGUUACUUAAAAUUUGUGCUGUUGAAGUUAUUAUAGAAAUGAAUGAACUACUGUAAUUACAGCAAACAUUCAGUUUGUAUUGUAAAAUAAGUGUCAGCUUCUAAAUGGAACACCCUUUGCACAUUAAAUAUGAUAAAACUACUCAAAAUGGGUUGCAUACUAAACCUGUAGCAAACAGCUGUAAGGUGUAUGGUUUUUUAAAUGAUGCACACAACAUUUAAUAAAAUGGCUUAAUUAGGAGGCAUUAGUUGGGAUAUACUAUUCUACACUUGCAUUCAAGCAUCUUAUGACUUGGAGUGCAAAUUUUACUGUUUUCUUUGCUGUGGUUUAAUACUAAUUGAAUGCUGUACCCAGCUCUUGAUAACAGUAAGUCAGAUUUGUCUAUGGAAAGGAAAUCUUUAUUUGGUUUCCUUUUAUUUAUUUUUAACUGCAUUCCUGUUUGGCAUUAAACUGUGCCUUGUUUGCCUCAGUUUGUUGUGUGAAUGUGCUGUUAAUAAUAAAAUUCAAAACAUAGCAGUCUAAAUUAAACCUGAGCAGCAGUGUUGAACACAGUUGUUUCAGUAGGUUCCAGUCUUUCUUCAGUAGCCACUAUAGAUAAUAGCAAGGGUUAUUCAGAGUAUCACUUAACAAUGAACGUCACUCACUAGAUAUUGCCGUGAGGGUUUCGCUACAUCACUGUGUGAUACUGCUUUUUGGACGUUCCAACUGUUCUUGUUUUUGCUUCCUGCAUAACUUUUUUUUCUAUGUUUCUGUUGUUCUCUGCUGUCACAAUCUAUUAAAAAAAAAAAAACUGUUCAAUAGCGGUAAGUGGAAAAUACUACAUACAACGAGGAGACUAAUAUUAGUGACCCUAAUUGCUACAAAGCACAUUUAUAUUUGCUUGUUGCACCGAAACUAGCACUUCUUAGCAAAGUCCUGUGACAUAUGCAAUCUUUGCUUUGGAUGCUGUCAAUAAAAUCUUAAUUUUACUGUAGUGUUUUUUUUGUUUGUUUGUUUUAGUUUUUUCUGGAAAUUAUUGCAUCCUUUUGGUUGGCUUAUAUUUAAUUGUUCUAUCAAUUAUUCAAUGAACUCUCCUGUGCCCACAUCUCCCAGGUUGACUGUUUGGGUUGUUAUGUAUUAGUUUUAAAAGAUGUUUAAGUAAAGGUUGGUAAAAUAUCUUGCAUUUAAAGAAUAACUAAUCCGUUUUAAUGAUGUAGACCGUACAAAUUUGCAAGGAACGAAUGUUAUAGGAAGACAGGUUACAGUCCAUUAAAGGCAUUUCAUUGAAGUGUCUCGGUGCUCCAUUUUUUGAACAUUUAUAAGAACCAUUUGCCACAAUUUUUUUUCAUUAAGCAGAGUUUAUUAAAUUUUUUUCAAAUA